AAUGCUGCUUCAAGACUGUGUGUUUACAAGCAAUACAAAUUCACAAACAAAAGGUGUAAUUAUGCUAAUGUCACGUCCAGCAGAACCAAAGUUACCCCCUCCAAGGGAAGCGGAAUUUCUGUAUGAUGACUGGACAAUAAAAGUGACAAAAAGCCAUAUCAUGGGGUCUCAUUGCGAGGUCCAAGGCGGAUGUGGUGAAUCCCUGGAGCCUGAAAAACGAUGUAAUCUUUGCCGGUCAGACUGUGAGUUUGCCCAGAAGGUUGUAAAACCUUAUGACUGGACAUUCACCACUGACUUCAGGGGAGCUUUAGAGGGCAAUUUAGUGGCCGAGAAAACUUCUGAGCGUAUUGACCUGGAUAAAUUACGAGUUCGAGAAGAAAUUAAAUUCUACGAUGAAGUUUUUCUCUAUGAGGAUGAAUUGGAUGACAAUGGAAGCACUCGAUGUGUUGUGAAAGUGCGAGUAAUGCCAAGUGGUUUCUUUGUGGUUUUCCGGCAUUACUUACGUGUGGAUCAAGUUAUUGUUAGAGUAAAUGAUACAAGAUUAUACAGCCCCAAAGGUGCUUCAUAUAUCCUGAGAGAGACCUCAUCGAGAGAAGCUCCAAUUUCCAAAUUAAAGGUUGAUGCCUCUGUAUACAAAGAUCCAGAUGUGGUGUGGCAGCAUCUUCCACUAGUGAGAGAAACAGUUGAUAAGUUAGUUGUGGUGUAGUAGUUUUCAUCUUUCAAUGGUAAAUUAAUGAUGUAUAUUUUUUUCUGGUGAGUUUUCCCCUUGUCACUUUUUUUUUCUUUCUUUCUUUUUCUUUCUUUUUUAAGAAGAAAAAUCAAGGGUUUGACUGUUGAUACAAACUGUCUUUUAGAUUAGUUUGUUUUUGUGAAGGCAUGAUUUGUUUGGGGAAGAAAGACACCAUUUAGCUGGGGGCUUUGUAAAAUUCAUUACUUAAUAUGCAGUAGAUUUCUGCUUACUGGUAUUGUGAUCUAGCAAGUUUAUGGCAAAGCAUUAAUGAAGUACAUAUAUAAAAUUAGUAUGCAGUCUCAGAUUGUAUGUACAAAAUUGUCUUUUUUCAUUAUGUGCUAAAGGUGUGAAUAAUUUAUAAUAAGGAGAGUCAUGAAUAGAAGGAUCUCAUAUCACAUCA